AUGCGUACUCUGCGCAGCGAGCUCAAGAGGGAGGAGGCGGCGCUCAAGCGCAGCAAAGAGUGCACUGAGCACGAAAUCAAGAAGGCGUACCGGGGAGAAAGUCUAAAGCAUCAUCCAGACAAGGGCGGUGACGAAGAGAAGUUCAAGCUCGUGGUCGAGGCGCAUUCUGUCUUGUCCGACCCAGCGCAGAGAGAACGCUACAACAUGGGCGAGGAUGAGGACGGCAUGGGGUCAGACAUGGGCAGUAUGGGCGGUAUGGGCAGUAUGAGCCCGAUGGACCUCUCCGAACUCUUCGCGCAAUUCCAUGGGGGUAGCGGGUUUGGUGGUGGCGUAUUUGGUGACGGGGGUAGUGGCCGGCGGAGCGGUUUCUCCUCCUAG